GCUCGCUCGGUGUUCCGUUAGGGUUGACACAGGUGACCAGUGUGUUAAAUUCAGCGUGAUUUAUUCGUUCGUGAAUUUGCGCGGCGCGAAAAAUCGGCGUAUUCGCGCGCGUUCGCAGCGAUGCAUCGCGGUGAGUGGUUGCCGUAAGUGCACAAUUGUUCUAUGUACAAACUCGUCGCGAAUCCGGAGGGCACCGGUGACAACGGGAGCCAUGCCGCGGCACAUCCCCCCACGGCCGAGACAAACGUCGACGACAGCGAUGACUCGUCCUGUCAGCUAGGACAUGUCGCCGCCAAGACCGGCAGCAUGGCAGCUGAGGAAGGAAUGUUGGGCGGUGGUUUGGGCGCGAAAUUGAAAUGCCCAACCCCCAUAUCGCGAUUAAGGGUGGAGAAGAUCGAGGGCGGCUUGAUGGUGGCUGGCGUGGUAAUAGCUGCGAAUUGCCAAAUCGCUCUUCCGGCAUUCGGCACUCUCUUUAUGCUCGUUGGAGCUGUACUCACCGCUGCUUCUUACCGUGGCCCCGGCGAGGACGAGGACAAGAACUCGUACGCCGCUCGAAUUGCCUUCACCGGCAAUUCCCGCAUCCUAGGGCCGAUCUGCAUAGUCGUGGGCGCUCUCAUGCUUGGUCUCGGCGUGCUGCUCUGCAUGCUAACGAGGCGGGCCAGACGGAGAGAGCGCAGGGUGGGUUUCCACUGCCCACUUCACGGAGACUUCUAUCCCGUCAGUCCGGUUCAGGGCAUUAAAAUGCUCGGGGUAUCGAGCAAGGACGUGAGCGGAUGGCCGAAGAUUCCGUGUCUGAGGGGUCGCGCGUCCAACAAAGGCGGGAACAGCGCGGUCGGGCCGCACACGGGCCCGCCGCAGUGUCCGCACUCGGUUCUGAGCAGCACUCGCAGCUCGGUCAGCAGCUCGCCGUUGAGCCCGUGCCCGACGCCUAUGCCUUUUCUGGUGACUUCGGGUUCCGUCAGUAGCGGCAUGGUACAAAGCGUCGGGGCCAAUUUAUCGCCGGACCAAACGUUCGGAUCGAUCCGGUCGCUCUCGGUGACAAGGGAAGUCGCGAGCUUUCCCCUGUCGCGAACGCCUACGCCGCCUCCGCAGCACAGAUCGUCGGCGACGGUCGGAGCGAAUCCCGAAGAGCUGGUGGGCAUCGGGAGCCCGCUGCGAGAGGUUUCACCCAGGCCGGAGGUGCGCGUGGUCGCGCCAUCCCACCGACCGACGUCCGCAGUAAACGGCAACGGCAACGGCGGCGGCGGUGGCGGCGGCGGCGGUGGCCACGUCGUCUCCACGGUGAACCGCAAAUCCGUCAGCAUACUGCUGCCGGAGCAGAUCAGUGGAUGA